UCUCCUCCCUUCCUUCAUUGUCCUUUAUGAAAUGCACGUCGCGCCAUCCGCAUAAUGCGAGGGGUGGUUUUUCGACAAUAUGGAAGCUGCAGAUUAUUCGCCUGACAACAAUCCGCCCAUGGCGAACCAGGAAGAAGCGGCGCUAUCCGAGGUACGAACGCGGCCUCCCACAACUGAAGAAGCUCCGCCAGAACGCCAGGCCUGGUCGUCCGAAGGAUAUCCCCUCCCUCCAAUUACGGAAAAGCCAGCGGAGGGCCCUAUUAAACCAAAUCCACAGAGGGAACCCCCGGUUUCGAAAUCUCUCUCCCAGCAUGCCACCCAUCUUUUCUCCCUUUCUUACCUGGUCUUCUUUUCCAUCUUCGGGACGCUGGCGCGCCUGGGCCUGCAAGCUAUCGACAUGUACCCGGGAACCCCUGUGACGCUCGGGGUGCUCUGGCCCAAUCUCGGGGGCUCCUUGCUCAUGGGCCUCUUUCUCGAGGAUCGAAAUCUCUUCCGCGAAGAGUGGGGCAAUGUACCGACGCCAUCUGGCACAAAUCGCGAUCCGGACCAGGCUCGCGAAGAGGCCAAACGCCAUAAAUCCGUCAAAAAGACUAUUCCACUCUACAUCGGUUUGACGACAGGAUUCUGCGGCUGUUUCUCGUCCUUCUCCUCGUUCAUCCGGGACGUCUUCCUGGCUUUAUCCAACGACCUCGCCGACCCCUCAGCCCCGACAAUCGCCUCUCGCAAUGGCGGAUACAGCUUCAUGGCCCUCGUCGCAGCCAUCCUCAUUACUGUGUCCCUGUCCAUGGGUGGACUCAUGUUUGGCGCCCACCUCGCGCUGGCCCUGGACCCAAUCAUGCCCACUUUUCCAUUCCGCGUGACGCGCCACAUUAUCGACCCUCUCUUCGUCAUCCUCGGCUGGGGCUGCUGGCUUGGUGCCGUCUUCAUGGCCAUAUGGCCUCCCGACCGCCACAGCUCUGACCCCGAUGUGUGGCGCGGCCGCGCGGUCUUCGCCAUUGUCUUUGCGCCGCUCGGGUGUCUCAUGCGCUACUACCUCUCCCUCGCACUUAACACGCGGACGCCCUCGUUUCCCCUCGGAACGUUCACCGCCAACAUUUUCGGGUGCAUCAUCAUGGCCAUGUGCUACGAUUUACAGCGCGUCUCCGGGAUCGGCGCCCCGGACGCGACCGGGGCGGCCAGCCACUCCGUCGUGGUCAGCUGUCAAGUCCUCCAGGGCAUCAUGGAAGGGUUUUGUGGCUCCGUGACUACGGUGAGUACGUGGGUAGCGGAGUUGCAUGGGUUGAGUCGGCGACGGAAGGCGUAUAUCUAUGGGAUCGUGAGUAUUGCGGUCGCGUUAGGGUUCUUCGUCGUUAUUACUGGGUCUAUGCGGUGGACUAUCGGGUUUGUAAUGCCUGCGUGUUGAAUGUAAAAUAGCCCUUCCGUUAUUGAGGGUUUUCAUGUAUAGAUAGGCUCCUAAUUGGGUAUUAAUAUCAAUAAAUAGAUCUACA